AUGGUUCGAGUUAUUAUAAAAGGUGGAGUUUGGCGCAAUACUGAGGAUGAAAUCCUCAAAGCGGCUGUCAUGAAAUAUGGCAAGAACCAGUGGAGUCGUAUUGCUUCGCUGUUACAUCGAAAAUCUGCUAAGCAAUGCAAAGCUCGCUGGUAUGAGUGGUUAGAUCCCGGUAUAAAGAAAACUGAGUGGUCGCGGACAGAAGAUGAAAAAUUACUGCAUCUCGCAAAACUCAUGCCAACACAGUGGCGUACGAUUGCACCUAUUGUCGGACGAACUGCAGCGCAAUGUUUAGAACGUUAUGAGCAUUUGCUGAAUGAGGCUCAGAGAAAGGCUGAGCAGUCAACAGAAACUGAUGAUAUUACCGAAGCGAAAAAAUUGAAGCCGGGUGAAAUUGAUCCCACUCCCGAAACUAAGCCAGCACGACCUGAUCCAAUAGAUAUGGAUGAAGAUGAGUUAGAAAUGCUUUCAGAAGCUCGUGCUAGACUUGCAAACACACAAGGCAAAAAGGCUAAACGCAAAGCGCGAGAAAAACAAUUAUCGGAAGCUCGGCGCCUUGCUUCACUUCAGAAACGGCGCGAAUUGCGUGCAGCUGGUAUUUUAACAGGAGCACAUAAAUUCCAUAGGAAAAAUCCAACGCAUAUUGAUUACAGCUCCGAAAUUCCGUUCGAAAAACCGGUUCCAGUCGGAUUUUAUGACCCAGCUGAAGAUAAGUUUGAAAAAGACAAGUCAUUUAAAAAACAAACGCGUGCUGAAAUUGAAGGAAACCGACGAGAUGAUAUCGAAAAUGAAGAAAGAAAAAAAGAUAGAGAAAAGCUGAAAAGGCGAAGGGCAGAAGGGGAUCCGGAAUCUAUUUUUGAAAGGAAAAACGAAAAAAAACGUUCGAAAUUAAUUUUGCCUCAGCCGCAAAUCACUGAUAAAGAGAUGGAGGAAAUUGUAAAAAUUGGACGAGCGAGUGAUACUGUGCGCGAUUUUUCGGAUGAUAACCCAACCAGUAUGUUACUUCAUGAUUAUCAAGCAUCAUUCAGAGAAUCAGCGGCAACUCGUGUAAUAAGGACUCCUUCUGUACAUGCUGAUGCUCUUCAGAAGGAAGCCGAGAAUUUAAUAGCACUGCAGAAUGCUCAAACUCCACUAAAAGGUGGAAUAAAUACUCCACUACAUGAUCUUAAUUUACAAUCUGCUCUUCCGCAAAGUCGUCAAAUUUCUACACCGAACAUAGUUUUAUCCGCCGUAAUGGAUACUCCCCGCUCCUCAUUUGAAGGAACUCCAACUGAAUUGCAAGCGUCAGCAACUCCAUUCAGAGACCAACUAUGCAUCAAUAAUCCUAUGAAGCAUUAUGAAACACGCAGCAGUGAGCUAAAAAGAGCGCUUAGUUCGUUACCUGCUCCACGAAAUGAUUACGAAAUCAUGAUGCCGGAGGAAGAGCUUGAGUUGUCACAAGAAGAAAUAAGUGAUUGGAUAGAAGAUGCUAGUGAUGUUGAUGCCCUAAGUGAAAUGGAAAAUGAAUCGCGGCGAACUCAAGCGCUGCAAAGGGAAUCUAAAGUAUUGCAGCGUAAUUUACCGAAACCUACAAAAAUUAAUGAGCAAAGCUUUAAACCAAUCGUUGGAAAGACUGAUUAUAAUAAGGCUGAUGAUUUAAUAAAAGCUGAAAUGUUGAAUAUCUUGGAACACGAUGUCAAUGGUAAAACCAUUGAUGAUUUCAAUUUAACGAGCCUUUCUGCAGCGGCUUCUGUAAUUGAUAAUGAGAUAAAGGCUGAGGAAAAAGUGGUACUGGAUGCAAAUCUGUGGAGUGUAAUUGACCAGUGUUCUUCUGAGUUAAUUCUCACUCAAAAUAAGUUUACCCGACUUGGUGUGUUACCCAAAAAAGAUCAGAUAGAUGCACUUUGCGCCAAAUUUAAUUUAUACCGUGAUUGGAUGAAUAUAAGAGCAAAGAAGACAGCGAAAAUGGAAAAGCGACUGAAAAUCCGUUUAGCUGGCUAUCAGAGUAUUGCGCAAAAUCUGUUAAAGAAAAUCGAGGAAGCUCAAUCCGAAAUAGAAGCGUGCAGUCGUGAAAAAGCCACAUUCGAAUUACUUGAAAUGCACGAAAAUAUUUCAAUACAUAAACGUCUUAGUAAACUCGUGGAUGAAGUUAGGUCACAAGUCCAAAAUAGGUCCGGAAGUUGUCAGCGAAGCGAACUGUUGAGGAAUCUGGAAGGUUUGAAGGGGUAUGGAGGAUUAAGUAUCAAGGGAGUGAGGGAAAAGACAUUUGGCAUGGACAAAGUUUCAAAGGAGAUCCGUGAAACAGAAUUACAGAAACGCUAUUCGAAUCUUUUAAAUGAAAAGUAUAAUCUUGAACAGUUAUUGAUUCGAAGUGAUGCAACAAUCAUGGCCCAACCAGUGAUAUACAAAUGA